AUGCUGCGCAUUCAGACAGUGUCAGGUGAAGAACUCGUUAUUCUUGACUUGGCGAGCUUUCACGAGACGCUUCCUGCAGACGUGCGUCCGGUUCGGGCAUUGAAGCAGCACUUGCAUAACAUAUGCGGGCUGUCAAGGUUCAGGCAAAGGCUGGUGUGUUUGAGUGAUGGUGCGGUUCUAGAUGACGAUCACUCCCUGAGAACCGGGGAAGUUCAGGUCGUACGUUUAAACUUCUGCCCAGCAUCAAACGAGCAAGUGACAGCGCUUCGGGAUGCUGCCAGAAGCGGCCUGACCUCAGAAGUGGAGAAUCUUCUCCAAAGGCCGCAGGAUCCAGACUUAGUAUAUAUUGGCCAUCCAACCCCCCUGUUUGUGGCAGCCCAGCACGGCCACCUCGAGGUGACACGCCUGUUGCUAGAGGCCAAUGCGGACAAGGAUAAGACCUCCGUUUCUGGCGCGACCCCUUUGUUCAUCGCAGCUCAGAUUGGACAGUUGGAGGUUGUACGGCUUCUGCUGGAGGCCAAUGCGGACAAGGACAAGGCCAAACACUCUGGCGCCACUCAACACUCUGGCGCCACUCCUUUGUACAUCGCAGCUCAGAAUGGACAGUUGGAGGUUGUACGGCUUCUGCUGGAGGCCAAUGCGGACAAGGACAAGGCCAAGGAAGAUGGCACCACCCCCUUGUACAUGGCAGCUCAGGAUGGACAGUUGGAGGUUGUGCGGCUUCUGCUGGAGGCCAAUGCGGACAAGGACAAGGCCUUGGUAGAUGGCACCACCCCCUUGCACAUCGCAGCUCAGAAAGGACAGUUGGAGGUUGUGCGGCUUCUGCUGGAGGCCAAUGCGGACAAGGACAAGGCCUUGGUAGACGGCACCACCCCCUUGCACAUCGCAGCUCAGGAUGGAUACUUGGAGGUUGUGCGGCUUCUGCUAGAGGCGAAUGCGGACAAGGACAAGGUCUUGGUAGAUGGAGCCAUAGAUGGCGCCACCCCUUUGUUGGUCGCAGCUGAGAAAGGACAGUUGGAGGUUGUGCAACUUCUGCUGGAGGCCGGUGCGGACAAGGACAAGGCCUUGGUAGAUGGCACCACCCCUUCGCACAUCGCAGCUCAGAAUGGACAGUUGGAGGUUGCACGGCUUCUGCUCAAGGCCAAUGCGGACAAGGACAAGGCCAAACACGAUGGCGCCACUCCUUUGUCGUCCUGUUUAAUCCCAUGA